AUGAAGUUCCUCGAGAUCCCUGAACUCGAUGUGUUGUCGAGCGCCUUGAGCAUGUCGACCCCGACAUUCAAGAUCACGACUCGCAUCGAAGCCUACUCCACCAAGCAGGUUUCGAAGGAGCGCAAGCUCUUCAAGACGCUCGAGUCGGAGCUCAUUCAGGACCUCUCGCUCUCGACGUCCGUCUCUCCGCCCGAGCACCACCAAGGCCUGCUCGACUCGGCGUUCGGCCCACUCGACAAGCCGCAGAGCCGCAAGACGCUCUGGCUCCUCAUCGGCCUCCUCAACGUCGCCUUCCCGGACUACGACUUCUCCAAGGUCCGCCCCGAGUCAUUCCGUCGCGAGGAGAGCCCGCGCGGCGUCUUGGCGUCGCUUUCGGCCGCGCUCGACCACCUCAGGUCGCCGACUGGCCAGAAGUCGUUCUCGUCCUUCCCGGGCGCAUCUGCGUUCGGCAUCCCUUCGUCGCCCUACUCAGACUCGCUCGCUCUCCCUGGCACGACUCCGACCGACCACGAAGGCCCUAUCGCGACGAACCCGUUCCUCCGUCAAGUUCUCGACCCGAUCAUCGACUUGAGCGAGUGCGAGGUCUACACCUACACGCCCGACAUCGACUCGGACCCGCACGCUGCCGAGAGCGACGACGAGGAUGAUGGAGAGGACGAGUCGUUCGAGGCGGACGAUGGCAUGGCGUUUGAGAUGGACGGCGUCGACGGCCACUCGGCGUACCCUGCCCGUCCAUCGACGCCGCUCGCCCGCUUCCCCUGGUCGGCUGGGUCGACUCGCUCGCCGAUGAAGAGCAUCGCGUCGGUCUUCCCGCCGGGCACGCCCUCGUCCGUCGCCGACUCGGAGGAAUACUUCGGCGGCGACAACGGCGAAGACUCGACCGGCGGCCUGUUGUGGAGUACCUUCCAGUUCCUCUACAACCGCAAGGCUAAGCGCGUCGUCUUCAUCAACGCCUGGGCUCGCACGCCACGCGAGUCGAGGGCUGCUGCGCACGCUGUCCCGUCCGGCUCGGCGACGGGCUUGCGCAGACCGGUCGACCGUGCCAUGUCCACGCACCUCAAGCGCAGUCACUCGGCGUCGUCGGUCGCCUCGAUCUCGCUCAACAAGAAGAAGAUCAAGGCUUAG